AUGGCUUCCUCCAUCGAAAACUUGAAAUCAUUUGAUCCAUUCGCCGACACUGGCGACGACGAUACUCAGCCAACCAACUACAUCCAUAUCCGUAUCCAGCAGAGAAACGGCCGUAAGACCCUCACCACCGUGCAAGGUUUACCAGAAGAAUAUGAUUUGAAGAGAAUCUUGCGUGUCUUGAAGAAGGACUUUGCCUGUAACGGUAACAUCGUCAAGGACGAAGAAUUAGGUGAGGUCAUCCAAUUGCAGGGUGACCAGAGAGUCAAGGUGAUGGAAUUCUUGACCACCCAAUUGGCCUUGCAGAAGAAGAACAUCAAGAUUCACGGUUUCUAA